CUUUGAGCUUUCAUCAGAAACCAUGUCGAAUUACGUACCAACAGACCUCCUGAUCGAAAUCCUCGUAAAACUGCCGGUUAAAUCCUUAAUCCGCUUCGCCGCCGUCUCCAAAUCAUGGCGGUCGAUUAUCACCAGCGCCGCCUUCAUCGCUUCCCACCUCUCAAAAGGUAAAAACCAUACCCAUACCCUAAUCCACACGGAAGGAAAAAAUUCAUUGGUUAAAUUCACUGCAGAUGGACCCUUUGCUGUCGAUUCUCCCUCAAAACUCGAAUUUCCCUACUACAAACCACACAGCAUUUAUUUAAGAAUAGUAGACUCUUGCGAUGGGCUUGUGUGCUUAUCGAAUAAAUCCUUCAUGAUUUUUCCGCAAUCACGUGGCGUUAUAUGGAACCCCUCUGUUAGAAAUCAUGUAGUUUUACCCGACCCUACUAUCAAUCCGAAAGACGCCUACAUUUCUGUACUCGGUUUCGGAGUUGAUGCAGGUCGUACCCACCACAAGGUAGUGAGGUUUGUUUACUGCAGAAACGCGGCCGGUAUUUUUACGACACGGGUUGAGAUAUUUUCCCUCAAGACAUGGAUUUGGCGGAGGUUGAUUGGUGGAGUUGAUCUUACUCUGGGCGCUUAUCCAAGUCUUUUACGUCAAGUUUUCUUGAAUGGGGUUGUGCAUUGGCUCAUCGAGGAAAAACCGAUCGGUGACAAUAGUUUUCGUCGUAGUUAUAUUUUGGCCUUUGAUGUUGGAGAUGAGGUAUUCGGUGAAGUGGUGUUGCCAGAAUGGGAGGCGGGUGGUUCAGGUUUCGCAAAGUUGAGUAUUUUCUUGAUUAACGAAUCACUCGGAGUUGUCAAGUCAACUGGCGAGUCGUGUGAUGUGUGGGUGAUGAAGGAGUACUGUGUGAGAGAAUCUUGGACUAAGUUAUAUACCAUUCGUUUGUUUGAAAAGAUAGAAAAUGUAGUUGCCUUUUUCAAUAGCGGCGAAGCUUUAUUGGCCUUAGAGAAUUCUAGAUUAGUUGUCUAUAAUUCAGAGACUAAGCAUCCUAAAGAUCUUGGAAUCUAUGGGACUCCGCCCUCGCUUUAUAUGUAUAAUUAUGUCGAAAGCUUGCUCUUGCUUAGAGGACGGACAUAUUAG